GGCGGCGCUGGGCUUUCAUCUGCGGACCUGCGGGAGGGAGCCAGAUCCCGGCGACCUUCCUCGACGGCAGCGCCUUUGCCUACCGUGGAGGCAGCUUAAGCCGGCUUUAGCCUCAGCGUCAGUUCAGCCCGGAGCCCUUUGGCGCACAGGGUCCGUCCCGCGCGCGGCGAGAGGAUGGUCAUCCGCGUGUUCAUCGCUUCUUCCUCGGGCUUCGUGGCGAUAAAGAAGAAGCAGCAGGAUGUGGUUAGAUUUCUGGAAGCCAACAAGAUAGAGUUUGAAGAGGUGGAUAUCACAAUGUCAGAAGAACAGAGGCAAUGGAUGUACAAAAACAUCCCCCCAGAGAAGAAGCCUGCUCAGGGCAACCCGCUGCCACCUCAGAUAUUUAAUGGCGACCGAUACUGUGGAGAUUAUGACAGUUUUUUUGAAUCGAAGGAAAGCAACACUGUCUUUUCAUUCUUAGGCCUGAAACCACGAUUGGCAUCAAAGGCAGAACCUUAGUGAGGCAAAGUGGAAGGUGACGGAGAUGCAUUUUGGAGCACCCAUUGGUACUCGGCACACACCUGCUUACCUAAUGCAUCACUGUGACAAAAGCCACAUGCAUCAGUAACUUUGCUUGACAUGAAAAGGGUGUUUUUGGAAGAUGUGGGUAUAAUGGGGAUUGCAUGAUUGCUUUAAACCAAAUCAGGACUGUGGUGGAUUUUUUCUUCCCAAUUUGCCUGCAGUUGCCUCACUCACCUGAAAGUACUGUCUUCUGUUACGGGUGUGCUUCCUUAAUAACUGAUAGACAAGUGGGUGGCACCAUUAGAGAGAAAAUGUUGGGUCUGCCCUAGGAUAUAGUAGAUGCCAGUAUUGCAUAAACCUACUUCUCUUUAAGCUGCUUGGAUUGCAUCCUUGAAAUUAGUCUGCCAGGCUUAUUAGAAUCUUUGAAUAAAAAAGAAAAAAGCAAUGCUGAUUGACAAAAGGGCAUUGAAGAUUUUUGCUACAGAAUCAUAAACAUCACUGCUCCAGUGCUUUGUAAUAACACCUGUUGAAAAUGUCAGAUGUUCUAGAUUCCUUUUUGUAAUGGAAACUCUUAACCCUCACAAAUCCUCUAAGCUCCUACAGAUGUUUCCAGAAAUUACUGUUGCAAUAUUGCAUGAUCACAACCAAGUUACAGGGAUGAAGAUAAUUACUAUUGCAAGGGGAAAGUUUUACCUAAAUGCACAAGACUGCUUGAAAGAUAUAUUUUAAGAGGUGCACUAAUUAGAUAGUCAGUUUAUAGGGAAAUUGUCUGAUUUGUAUCUGAAGGCAUUUCAGCUUUAGCAAUUUAUAUAUACAUAAGUGCACAUAUAUUUUUUAAAUUCAGCUCCCCAACAGCUGCUUAUUCUAUUUUGUGAAAGGAUUAUAUUUUUUUGAGAAAGGAAGAUCUCAGUUAGAUAUAUUUUGUGGACCCUUGAUGAUGCAUAUUAAAAGAUACCAAUAUUGCUAUAGAAUUAAUUUUUUUCUUAUGUUACUUUUCAUUGUUCUACUAUUUUUCUCAUCUAGCCACAGUCUCAUACUUUUCAGAGUAAAAUCGAUACACAUUCUUACUUCAUAUAUAAGCACAAGUGAGUUUUCAGAGCAACAUAUAUGAGAAGGGGGCUGUCUAAAGAGUAACUCUGAAUUGUAUUUGGCAAGCAGAUCUGCUCCCAUUGGAGUGGACACUGAUAAACACUGAAUAUGUUACUUUAUUAGGGCAGAGGUGACUUUUCCAUAUCCUUAUAUUUUUUAAGGGUUUUGAAUUGCCAAACAUGGAACAGCCUUGAAUAUGAUAAACUCUAAGAGGGAUGACUAAAAUACUCAAUUAUUCCUAGCAUCCUAAUACUAGACCUUUUAUUAUGAUACUGAGAAGGAUAUGUGUAAGAAAUUGAAAGAGCAAAUGAAUUAAAACAUCACAUACCCUGCCCCCAUACCUUGAUAAAUGUGUACUAUUCUAAAGCACUUUUUGAAUGCUGAAGCUGAAAUUCCAGCCUGAUAUUUGCAGUUCAGGACUACAGUCAGACGGAAAGCAUGACAGAGUUCUUCUUGACUGGAAAAUAUAUGAUCUGCAGUUUUCUCUCCAAGGAAAGCUGUUGUCAAAUCAUGGGUAUUACUGGUUAGUUGAUAUUAAACAAGAUCCAGGUCAUAUUCCAUUUGAUAUAUCCCAGGGACUAUCCAGGAAUGUUUAUUUCUAACUGGAUAUUGUAUUUGAGUAUGUUAGUAUGUGAAUCUUCUGCUAAGACUUAUAAGUUUUUUGUUUUGUUUUUUAGUAUGAACCCAGGGGUGCUUUUACCACUCAGCUGCAUCUCUCUCUCUCUCUCUCUCUCUCUCUAUCUCUCUCUCUUUAUUUUGAGACAAAGUCUUACUAAAUUGCUCAGGCUGGCUUCAAACUUUCCAUCCUCCUGCCUCAGCCUCCGGAGACACUGGGAUUACACCAUCCAGUGGUGUAAUUUCUUUUUAAGAUACAGCAAUUUUUAAAGUUGUCAUAUUGUAAUUAUUCAGUUUACAUUUAGUCUGCUCUUAUAAGUGAGUGCUGAGAACCAACUUAAUAAGGUUGAGGCUUUGCAAAUUCUAGGAUUGUAAUAUCAAUACCAUGAUUGCUAACCAGAGAAAGCCACCCAAAUUUGUCUGAUAACUUUCAAAUUAACUAUAAUAUGCUUAGUAUGAUUAUAUUAAACAUAAUGCUAAACCACUAACAAAUACAAACCAUCUUACUAUGAUUUUGGGAGGGGGCUAUAAAGAAGUACAAGAGAACACCCUCAGGUGGCAGUGUCCUUGCUAGGAUAGACUAGAAGCACAGUGUAUGGAAUCUACCACAGUAUCCAGGCUCCACAGAGUACUGAAGUAUUGCCCUCCAGGACUACCCUGUUUAUAGAGAAUAUAGUGUCCUUAAUCGUACUCCUACCAGCUGAAUUCCAAGCAUAAAGUAAUGAUGUUCUUAUUUCCUUUAACUAGCUGCCUUUCAUUUUGAUAGUCCCAGUCUUUAAAACCCAGGAAAGAAGUGGAUUUGCAGGCAUAGAUGUAAUAAACAAGGAUAUUUCAAGACAGAAUUUUAGUUUCCUAUAAUAGGUUCCUUAGGUUGCUAAAAAUCAAAUAUGCCAUUUUAAAAUCAUCUAAAAAUAUAGAGUACCAUCUUUCAAGGUGUAUGCAGACCAGAAGAAAAUUUACUUGGGGAAAUAACUUGUUUUUCCAAAUUCUGAUGUUUUAUUAAAAUCAAAGAAGAGAAAAGGAAGGUAUUUUGCCCUCAGACUCUAAUAUAUUUGAAAUUUUUUUCUGUUUUAUUCAUUAAUUCAACACUUAUGCGUAGAUGUUUUUGUAGCACAUGAAUUUAAUAAUGAACUGAACUUAUUUUUAUCUUUUUAUUAUGGAAAGGUACCAAAGUUUCUUUCUGUUUUGUUUCAUUUGUCUGAUUUUAUUGUGGGACUUUGCUUUUUCCUAGAAAUGCUUUUCAUUUAACAGCUUUUCUUAAGUGUCAGGAUCCACUUCAAUCUAUAUAAUUAUUGUUUUUUAGAUAUCAGUUUGUAUGUGUUUGUCUCUUAAGGCAUUGAUAUUUAUACUCAGCAUUAAAGAAAAAUGAAUUCCAGAAAACAAGUGUUCUAAGAUGGAGUUUUAUUUCCUCCCUUUUAUCACAUUUUCUAAUUUUAGUUCUAGGUUUGGCUGAAUCCUUUCUGUUUAGCUGGGAAGAUUUGUUUUUACUCCUCUCCACAAACCUGUGCAUAAAAGAACCUGUGCAUGAAAGCUGCAGAUUUGGUUGUAAAAAAAGAAACAAUGCAGAUAUAUCAUGUGAUCAUUUGAGGAACCAUGCAGGUGGUCCUGCCUGUGUUGGGAGGGGAACACAGAGUCAUCUCAUACAGUGACCAGUGAUAGUGACCAAGGACAGAGUUAAUCAUUCAGCCACUUCCUUGGUUCAGUUCCCUUUGUGGUCUCAAGUGAAGCCAUAGUUGAUGGAUAUGGUCCCCUGUUGGUUGCAGAAUACAAGGACAGGUUAACCACUACUUAUUCUGCCAGGGUCCCUUUGAGGCAGCCAAUCACCUUUGAAAGCAGAAGAAAACUUUGCUGAAGGCAGUAGCUGAGGUUGCUUUUAUCACUAAACUAUGUCAAACCUUAGAACACCAGGAUAGAGGGAGGGUGGAGGGAGGGAUCAAAGGGAACAAGCUGUAAAUUUGCAGAAAUGUGCUAAAUCAUGAAACCAAAUAAGCAAAAUGACCACUGCCUUCUUGUGUCUCAGAUCUGCAAAGUUUUCCUACUUCUAGAAAUGCAUGAUUGGCUGUCCUUUCUAUCAGCAUAUAUUGAGUCCUUAAAAUGUAAUGGAUUCUAUCCGAGCAGGACAGUAGUCUCCACCCUCAAAGAUGAAGCAGAAAUAAAAGCAGCAGUUACGUCCAGUGGUAAAUGAUAGAGUUGGGUAAGUUCUUAGCACUCCAAGCUGUGGUUCAUCUGAAACAUUACAUGUAAUCUUUUUCUUUUUUAAAACCAUUUCAACUUUCAAAAUUUCAUACUUGUAGUGGAAUACACAUAGACACCUACAUACACACACAUAUGUGUAUAUAUAUAUAUAUAUAUAUAUAUAUAUAUAUAUAUAUAUAUAUUAAAAAUAAAGCAUAAUAAUAAACAAAUCCUUGUGUGCCUGCCACCUACCUUACUGCCUUUUUGUGAAGCACUGUGUGUUGUUCCCCCAACCUAUCCUCCUCCUUGUCCGAUAAAAGAGCCCUAUCCUGCUUUCAUGCUGAUCACAGCCUUCCUGUUCUUUAUCAUUUUGUUUUCAUGUAUGUAUCUUUAAAGAAUAAUAAAUGGAAUUUAGCUGGA